ACCUUCAUAAAAAAAAUUCAGAGUGAUGUUGAAACCAUCUUUCACUACUUCUAUGGAAACAAUCCAACUGAAACUGGAGAGUGGACAGUGCAUUCAUUGGCAAUAGCACGAGGCUCUGUGUCAGAAAUGGUUUGCAAUAAGGAAAAGAACAGAAAAACUUGUUCUACCAUAUAUUCAGAAAAGUGCCAUCUAGUGGAAUUUAAUGCAGUUGCAGACUCAGUUGGAACAGAGUAGAGUUGGAGGGAGAAAGCAUCUUGUAGAAAGUUCAGCAGCUUCUGAGCACAUGAAUCAGCUGCCAUUUGUUAGGUUUCAGUAGGUUCUAAUUUAAUUCAGCAACCUUCAAAGAAUUUGCACUUUGAAAUUUUAAAAAAAGACAUAGCAAGCUCCAUUUGUGUACACUCUAGUUUGGAAAUACCAGCCACUUAGUUUCGCUGUAUUUCUUGAUAGAAUGUUUAGAUUAGGAGACCUACUCCAAAGCAAAUGUCAAGCUUCUACACUAUUGGAUGUUGGUAGACAAUUGCCUUGGGCCCACCUUUGACGAUCUGAGGUACACAUUUAGUAUAAACAUACUAUCUUCCUUAUAAGCUUGUGUGUGCUCCUCCUUCCAUGCUGGAAAACAUAUCUGUAAUUUAGGAGUUCCCUAUCUUCAGUAUGUUCCGGUGUUCUCUUGAAAGCCUUCUGAGACCAGCACACUAAUCAAGGAUCUCUGCAUUUAGAAUUAACUGUGUGAGCACUAACAAGAGCCAACAAAUCAAGCAUAUUAGACAAGAUUAUAAUAUGGAUUUACCAGUUCCUCAAGAGAUCUAAGGAUAGUAGUCCCCACGAAUAGCAUCCUGGAGCUUGACUAGGAUUAUUGUCUUUAAUGGACAAAAUUGACCUGUAGUUAAUGGCAAAGGUAAAUUAACGUACAGCAAAUGGUACUAUGAUAUGAUCAGAAGUGGUAAGAUCUGCUACUGACAACUCAAUGAGAGGCUGGCCACAAAAUUCCAUGAAAGCAAGCAUAUAACCAGCAUUUGGAGGGGUUCAGAAAAUCUGUGCAACAGAUCACAGGAUAGAAACAAUCUUCAGGAUGCCUGAACCAGCAAAGUCCGCUCCCGCGCCCAAAAAGGGCUCCAAGAAAGCGGUGACCAAGACCCAUAAGAAAGGAGACAAGAAGUGCCGCAAGACCAGGAAGGAGAGUUACUCCAUCUACGUCUACAAGGUGCUGAAGCAGGUUCACCCCGACACCGGCAUCUCCUCUAAGGCCAUGGGCAUCAUGAAUUCCUUCAUCAAUGACAUCUUCGAGCGCAUUGCUGGGGAGGCGUCCCGCCUGGUGCAUUAUAACAAGCGCUCCACCAUCACCUCCCAGGAGAUCCAGACUGCUGUGUGCCUGCUGCUGCCCAGGGAGCUGGUCAAACACGCCGUGUCUGAGGGCACCAAGGCUGUGACCAAGUAAACCAGCUCCAAGUAAGCAGGGGGCUGUGCCGCUCUGGAAAGCUGUUACACCUAAAACCAUCACCCACCCCGUGUAGGGGGCAUACUGAAGUUGGGACACAUUUGGAAUAUGUCAGAGUGGAGCAUUGCUACGUCAAUAUUCCAUAGGUGUAGGGUCCAUUAAGUGCCCUCCACCACUGGUGCCAUUUGGAGCAGCCCAGCAGCUGGUCUAACUCAUUCUGAGGCAUGGGCAAGUAAUGAGAAUGAAUGAGCAGGUGGGUUUUUGUUUUGUUUUCUUACCAGUAACCAAAAAAGUCUAGAGCACUUUUAAAGAGCUUUCCAAAGGGAUCAUCUGUGAGUCAAUAUUAUUUGAAAAAUAUUUAUCCUAAACUUUAAAAAAAAAAAUUAAAAAGCUAUCACCCUUUCUUUUAAUCACAAAAAUGUCCCUAAAAGUAGCUCCUUCCCAGGAGAAGUUAGGUGAGGAUUGGUCACAACCAGUUCAUCCAGAACAUACACUAUCUUGGAAUAUAUUUUGUUGUUCUGGGCCUGAUUUUCAUUGGUGUUGAGGACCAUCAGUUCCAGUUUAAAACCCCAGUCCUACAAAGACUCAUGCUUAACUUUUCAAAUGACUCCUCAUCAUGGUGUUAAGAACAUAAUUAAGUCUUUAUUAGAUUAGGGCGUUAGGAAAUGCAAAGACCAGGACCAGGCACUUAACACCUCUGAAAAUCAGGCUGUCUAUCAUUCCAAAGUUAAGCAUUUGAUAUAUCAACUUAUCUUCUGUAUUGAGUAUUAUUGUUUUGUGUCUGGUUUUUCUGCUAGGUUUGUAUUACACAUACCAAGUGGAAUUUUGCUCUUUGGAUAAAAGUACAUCAAGCAACAGUAUUCCAUACUGUACUUUGUACGUUUUCCAAUAGUUUUGAAGUAAGUAUGUUAUGUAGAUAAUGAACUAAUAUUCUGCAAGAUCUGUUUUUAUUCUGUCCAAAGCCUAUGCAAACUUCCAGAAUUUUGCUUUAAAACAUUUAAAACAUUAAAACAUUGUAAAACAGUUUCUUUAUAAUCACAUGGGGGAUUUGUCAUAGAUGGAAUUUAUACUCCUGCGUAACUGUUGUGGAAGGUGCAAAGAUAUUCUAACUGUAUAAAUGAAACUAAACAGAGUACACACAUUUUAAAGGCUCACAAAAAUUUGCAAGUUUUUAAGCCCAAAGUAUUUGUCUUUUACUGUAAGAUUCUAUUUACAGCAACCUAUAUCAAUAUAGAGCAAAAACAGGCCUAAAUUAGUUUACGGAAACAUUGUUACCUUCUUCUUUAAUUGUGGAUUUAGCUAUGCACUCAGACAUACUGCCUUUUAAUUCCUUAAUUAUAUUUCACUUCCUAUAUUUGCUUCUGUUGCAUUUCAUUGUUGAAAGAGUUGGGGUUGUUUUUUUUUACAGUCACAGAAUAUCACACAGUAGUAAAGGUACAAAUAUGCAUCAAAGGUUAUAGAAAAAAAAUCAGUCCAUUCCUUCAAUUGAGAAAUAGUAGGUAAUUGCAUAAUUAAAGACUGUAUUACAGAGGAACACCAUAGUUAAAGCUGAGUCAGGAUUCUCAGUUCAGUGGGGCACAUUAACUUCUCUAUCUAAUACAUCUAUAUAAUUUUCCACUGAACUAACAAUAGAAUGUGAUCUUUGUGGCCUGUUUGAAUGGUGUGAGAGA